AUGGAUCCCACUGUCGCUCAUAGGCCAUGGGCCCCUCCAGGGCCGCAGACGCCGGGCUCGACACAAACCCUGCCGUCGAUCUCAACGCUCACCGCGAAUAUGCCGGGCGCCGGAGCCCCCGAAAAGUCACCAGGCGCGUCAUUGAAUACGAUCGAGCGCGAUUCGGGGAAUUGGUCGAUGCCGCAAAGCACAAGUAGGAGACCCUCGCCUGGGACGGAGUGGGAGCGGCGCGGUGCUGACCCUGCAGGAUCGUCCACCUACUCGACGACGACCAAUGGCACGGGCAACAAUUAUCCCUCGCUCAGCUUCAUCGCCUCGUCGCAACCGUCUCCAAAUCGCACUCAUCCCGCCGUCGAUCGCUCUCCCUAUGCUCAUGAUCAAUCGACGACACCCUCCUCCGCCGGGGCCCAGCCGUCUCCCAACUUCAACACGCCUCAACCCAACUCCGCCCUCCCCUCAAUCAACCAGAACUACGAAGCACCCUCACAACGGCAGAGUGUCGCCGAGACCGAGUCCCGCCGCAGCAGCGUCGACAGCCGGAUGAACCAAGGCAUCAGCUCUCUCGCGAUCAACCCAGCCUCCCCGUACCACAGCACCAAUGCCUCCCAGUCCUCAAUUGUGUCGAGUCUGCAGCGAGAGCGAGGCAUCCCGACCGACAUGAACUCAUAUCGGGGGCCUCGCUACUCCGCCAUUGUCUCCGCUGGGCCCGCGCCCGGGGAGCACCGAAGCUUCGCAGCCGGUCGCACAGCGCCCGCUAUUCAAUCCAACCCGCGGUCGGAAAUUUACAACGCAGAAGCUCCCACCGCGGGUAUGGCGUAUGCGUUCCCUGACCCGGACAUGGCACGGUCAAGCUCGGUAUCCUCCAAGGGAGAAUCCAACCCGCCCUUCUCUCGAAAGGGGAGUACGGCGGAGUCGCUCAGUAGUAUGUAUUCCGAAUCGCGAAUGCCGCGCGGACAGCAUGACCUACCCCAAAGUGUACACCACCACUCCUUGCAACACAAGGCGGUCCGCGACCUAAUCGGUGAGGAAGACACACCUCCCGGCAGCACACCCUACAGCCGAACGCCAGAACUGCGGGUCACACAUAAACUCGCCGAGCGCAAACGCCGCAGCGAAAUGAAAGAUUGUUUUGAAGCGCUGCGUCUGCGUCUACCAUCGGGGCAAACCAACAAAUCCAGCAAAUGGGAAACCCUUACCCGCGCCAUCGAGUAUAUCAACCACCUCGAGAAAUCAAUGGGCCAGGUGCGCCGGGAAAAUAAUGCCCUCCGCGAUGAGAUGGAAGCCAUGCGCGCGCAGCUGAGUCAAGCCAAUGGCCAGCCUCGCCCACCCUCCAUCUUCGAGCACCACUCCAUGAACGCACAGCAGACCAAUGGCCAUGGCCAGUCCCAAGGUCCGGUCUUUGGCUUUGCAAACGGUGCCCCUGUGGCGCAGGAGCAGCCGCGUACCCUCCCGCCGCUUAUGAAUGGGUCCGUUGCGCCUAUGCAAGGUAUCCAAUAUACCGAUGAGCGACGGUAG